AUGUCCGAGAAAUUGUCUCCGGUCAAGCGCUCUUCGCGGACACCGAAAUUGUCCGCGAAAAUGAUAGCUCUGGAAGCUGAAGUCAGUCAGAAGAAGCGUCAACGACCUAGCGAGCCCAAGGAGCCGAAAGCCUCUUCCCCUCCAGUGAGCACGCCAGUGAAACCGCCGAAAUCGAGAACUCCAUCGAGUUCAGCAUCCAAUCGCAAACGGAAAAGCUCGAGCUCGCAGAAGAAAUCUAGAUCCACUCCACUUCGGACGCAGAAAGACAGUUCUCAGAGCUUCUCGGAUGUCGACGCAGCCUCUAGCGGCCAAACCUCGCCCCUCAAAAGUCUGUCCGAGAGCAUGAUGUAUGAAGAGGAGAAUGACCUGGACGUCACACAGUUCACAGAUUCAGGUCCUCUCGUGGUUGACGAUACAUCCAACACAACGUCGACGACGGCUUUUCCCCCUUACCUCGGUUCGAACAUGAUGAGUUUCGACAAGAAACUGAAAAAACCAAAGACGGAAGAGAACAGCGACGAGGAAGCCGAAGAGAAAUGGCUGCAAGCGUUGGAGAACGGGAAACUCGAGGAAAUCGAUUCCGAAUUGAAAUCCAUGAAGGAUCCGAAGUUGAUGACCGCUCGGCAGCGAGCCGUCAUUGAAGCUAAACAAGCCAAAGUUGAACAAUUACAGAAGUUCCAUGAAAUGCAGGAAGCCUUGCGAGACCAGCUCGCGACGGAAGUUCUGAGCGAUGAAAUUCUGGAGAAGAAAGCUUUGAAAGCGGCGAAGAGGAAACAAUUGGCAGAGGAGAAGAGAGACAAAGAGAAGAAGGAUACGAUAAAACGGCUUCUCAAGAAAGCCGACUCCCGGCAGAAGCUUAAGAAACUACAGAAGCAGAAAGCGCAAUUGAUACCUAAGGUUUCCUACCGCUUCACCUCUGAGGGUGUUACGGUGAGUUUCCCAGUCGAGACACCUCCCGAGUCGCUGGGUCUCGACUUGACCCCGAGGAUAGUCCAGUAUCCGUCUGAGGUACUGUGCAGUAAUCCUGGCUGCACACAAGUGAAAAAGUAUCAGUGCAGCUCGAACGGUUUCCCGGUCUGCAGUCUCAACUGUUAUCGACAAGUUGCACCUCUGCCACCCUUGUCGCAGCUACUUGAUGUGGCGACUGUUUCGGCCAACGUUGAGAUUGGCUGAGGAUCCAGUGUGAGUUUUUCGGUCAUUGUAUAGGAGCUGGUUCUCAAAACCGAUUCAUAAGAUAAAAUAAAUUCUGCGAACAGGGCGA